AUGCUUAUUCCCAAGGCUGACCGCAAGGCGAUCCAUGAGUACCUCUUCCGUGAGGGCGUCAUGGUCGCUGAGAAGAACUAUGAGUCGACCCACGAGACCGGUAUCCGCAACCUCUUUGUCAUCAAGGCUUGCCAGUCUUUGACUUCCCGCGGCUACGUCAAGACCCAGUUCUCGUGGCAGUACUACUACUACACCCUCACCCCCGAGGGUCUCGACUACCUCCGCGAGUGGCUCCACCUCCCCGCUGAGAUCGUCCCCGCCACCCACAUCAAGUCGCAGCGUUCUCACGCUCCCCCCCGCGGCAUGCUCGGUGGUGAGGAGCGCCGCGAGCGCCCCUUCGGUGGCCGUGGCCGUGGUGACCGUGAGGGCGGUUACCGCCGCCGUGAGGCUGGCGAGGGCAAGGAGGGUGGUGCCCCCGGCGAGUUCGCUCCCCAGUUCCGUGGUGGUUUCGGUCGUGGCCGCGCCGGCCGUGGUGAGGCCCCUCCUUCGUAA